AAAAUUAAAUAACAAUAUUUUUUUUAGUAUUUUGUUAUGGGCUAAGCUUAAGUUCAAACACUAAAGCUCAAUUUUUGGGACCAUCAAACCAAUCAGAGGCCUACUUUAAUGGAUCAUCCUAUAUAAGACUGCAAACAACAGUUUCGUUAAAAAAACCGACUGGUAUUAGUUUUCGGACAUGUACAGGUGGAAUAUUAUUUUCACAACAACAAAAUGACGACUUAAUAGAAAUAUCUGUGAACGAAGUAGGCUUAUUCUUUCAUGCAAAAACACUUGGUAAACAGUUUGAAAGCAAAAUUCCUGGAGACUUUAUCAACAACAAAUGGUAUACUGUGUAUUUACAGUAUAUUUUGGGGAUUUUGACGAUGGAAAUAAACGGACUAUCAUUGGUCAUUGCAAAUAUAACCUAUAACACCGAACUCCUAACAAGUCCUAGCCUAUACAACGAAGGCGCAGCGGUGCUCCUAAUAGGAAAACAGUUUAAUGGGUGUCUUCUAGAAGGACCGUCCAUAGUUUUUCAAAGUUCCGUCAUUAUCUCGAAUCACAACGUGGCAUUCGAACCCUGCCCCAUACCGCAAGACUCGUGCGUUAUCGAGAACCCACCAUCCGUCAAUUUUUGCAUAGUCGAACCUUGCAUGUUCGGCACUUGUCUGAACGGGUUGAAGGAUUACUCUUGCGCGUGUCAUCCGCGAUACACUGGAAAAAAUUGCGAAAUCGACUUGGGCGACCCCUGUCAGAAAUCCACACAACCGUGUAAGAAUGGCGGUACUUGCACUUCUAAUCAUCAGGGACAUUUUAGUUGCAUUUGCCAUCCAGAUUUUACCGGGAAAACAUGCGAUAUUGACAUGAGCACACAGACAUUGUGUCAGCCAAGAGAAUGCUUCAAUGGAGCAUUGUGUGAAGUAAGCCAAACUACGGGUGUCGCUUCUUGUAUAUGUGAACCAGGUUUUAUUGGCGAAAAAUGCGAAAUCAACGUGGACGAAUGUGCAUCAAAUCCCUGCGUAAAUGGUGGCAUUUGUAAUGACGGAAUUAACAACUUCACAUGCGAUUGCACUAAUACUGGUUAUCAUGGCAGAAUGUGCCAAUUGGACAUCAAUGAAUGCCUGAAUACGCCAUGUUACAAUCAUGGAAUAUGUUUUAAUACAUAUGGGUCGUUUGUAUGUCAGUGCAUGUCAGGAUUUAAAGGCAGGCAAUGCGAACUGGACAUCAACGAAUGUGAAGCGCACCCCUGCCUCAACAAUGGCGAAUGCAUGGACCUCAAAGGCGGCUUCAAAUGCAAAUGCGCGCCAGGCUUCGUGGGCGACCGCUGCGAGAUCGAGCAGCACGCAUUGGGCAUGUGCGACUCGACCACCUGUCCGCCGUACGCCGACUGCGCACCCGUCGGCAAAACGUUCGCGUGCCGCUGUAAAGCCGACAGUCCCGGGGAAUUCCCCAACUGCGGGGCGGACUUGGUUUGCGCGAACAAUCCUUGCAAGAAUGGAGGCGUGUGCACCUCGCACUUGGGCAUAUUUAAUUGCACCUGCCAGCCAGGGUUUGCAGGUAAAGUUUGUCAAAUUAAUGUGGACGAGUGCGGAUCGAUGCCGUGUCAAAACGGAGGAGCUUGCACUGACUUGGCGAAUGGUUUUGAGUGCAAUUGCACGGACGAAUGGAUGGGUGACAUGUGCGAAAUUGCAUACGAUGCGUGCAAACUUAAGCCAUGCAGAAAUAACAGUACUUGUACCAUCGGAGAAAGCAUUCACGACUUUUUAUGUGAAUGUCUUUCAGGAUUUGAAGGUAACCAAUGUGAAAUCAACAUAGACGACUGCGUAGGCGCUAAAUGCGGGCCCGGUAAAGUCUGCGUCGAUUUGAUAAACGACCACGAGUGUAAAUGUCCGACCGGAUACACCGGCGACGAUUGCACAAUUAUAUCGAAUCCUUGCUUAAGCAACCCGUGUUCCAAUUCAGCCACGUGCAAUGUGAACGAGGAAACUCACGAAUACACUUGCAUAUGUGCGCCAGGAUACAAAGGUCGCAACUGUAAAACUGACAUAGACGAAUGCCAGACGACUGAAAAAAUAUGCAAUCAAGGCAUAUGCGUGAACAACGUGGGCAGUUUUCAGUGCUACUGCAUGCCUGGUUUCACCGGCGAAAGAUGCGAGUUGGAUUUCGACGAGUGCCUGUCGAUGCCGUGUCAGAAUAACGCGACGUGCCUUAAUAAGAUCAACAAUUACGAAUGCAAAUGCCCACCGGGAUACAAGGGAAAAGAUUGCUCGACUAACAUAGACGAGUGCGAACCUAACCCUUGCAAAAACGGAGCCACCUGCAUUGAUGGCGUCAAUGAUUUUACGUGUGUUUGUCAGCAAGGUUUGACUGGAAAGUUGUGCCAGACCAAUAUCGACGAUUGUGAGUCAUCUCCAUGUUUGCAUGGAGCCAUCUGUAUAGAUGGUUUGAACGAUUACACUUGUAACUGCAGCAGUACUGGAUACGAAGGUCAUCAUUGUGAUAUAAACAUUGAUGAGUGUUUAAGUAAUCCAUGUCAAAAUGGAGCAUUGUGCGUAGAUCAAGUUAAAGAUUACGAAUGUAAAUGUUACAAUGGCUAUAGAGGUAAAAAUUGCGAAAUCGAUAUAAACGAAUGCGAAGUGAAUCCAUGCAAAAACAAUGGCGUUUGUUUGGAAAAGUCCAAUCAAACUUUAUAUUUACCCACAUCUGCUGAGUUGUACUUGACUGGAUUACCUGAGUUGUUUAAUAAGACAUUUUCCUACUUGGAUGCGGCUGGAUAUGUGUGUAAAUGCGUUGAUGGCGUGGCUGGUGAAAAUUGUCAGAUAAAUAUUGACGAAUGUCAGAGCAAUCCAUGUUUCCGAGGCCAGUGCAAAGAUUACAUCGGCUAUUUUGAAUGCGAGUGCGAGGAAGGGUUCGAAGGCGAACGAUGCGACGUCGAUAUUGACGAGUGCGAAUUAAAGCCGUGCAUGAACGGCACUUGCAUCGACAAAAAGGCCGAUUAUUACUGCGAUUGCGAUCCGCUCUACGGCGGCAAAAAUUGUUCCGUCGUACUGGUCGGAUGUAAAGACAAGCCAUGCUUGAACGAUGCGCAGUGCAAGCCCUACUUGGUAAACGAAACCGACCACAAGUAUAAUUGUUCUUGUUUACCUGGUUUCUACGGUAGCAAAUGCGAACAGCCGACCACCAUGUCGCUAUCGGGGAAUUCGCUGGUCAUGGUGAACACAACCAGGGAGGAAGGGUAUGACAUUCAAUUCCGAUUUAAAACCACCUUGGGUGAUGGUUUAUUAGCGUUGGGCAAAGGUUUGACUUACUACAUACUGGAGCUGUCCAAAGGAAAGUUAAACUUGCAUUCAAGCUUGUUAAAUAAGUGGGAAGGCGUGUUUAUUGGAUCCAACUUGAAUAACAGCGAGUGGCAGAAGGUUUUCGUCGCUAUUAACUCCACUCAUUUGGUUCUUUCGGCAAACGACGAGCAAACAAUUUAUCCAAUAUCUUUUAACGAAAAUUAUAACGUGUCGUCAACCAGUUUUCCUCUGACCUACAUUGGCGGUAUACCGAGCAAUCUUAGAAAGCUGACGCACGGUCAACCGUUUUUGGUUGGCUGCACUGAAGACGUUUUGAUCAAUGGCGAAUGGGUCUUGCCACAGGACACCGAAUCCAACAACUUUUACAACGUGGAAGUCGGAUGUACAAGGAAACCGCAGUGCGAUCCAAACCCAUGUCGGUCGGGUGGUCAGUGUACCGAUAGAUGGCGCGAUUUCAGCUGCACGUGCGAGAGGCCCUACUUGGGACACACCUGUCAAUACAAUUAUACAGCUGCCACUUUCGGCUACGAAAACAUUACAAAUUCAAUGGUGACUGUAGACGUACACGAUUCCUCGCGUAGAGCAGUCCGCACUAUUGUUGAUAUUAGUAUGUUUAUCAGAACGCGCCAGUCGAAGGGCCAUAUUUUCUAUUUGGGAUCGAAUUUUUCGCCAAUCCAAACCGUCGACGAAACUUAUAUAGCCGCGCAAUUGGAAAGUGGUGAACUCUUGGUCAGUAUUUAUUUCAAUGGAUCACUUGAAUCAUACGCAGUAGGUGGUGUAAAGCUAGAUAACGGUUACAAUCACCUUAUUGAGGUCAUACGUAAUGCAACUUUGGUACAAGUAAAACUCAACGGAACGGAAUAUUUUAGAAAAACGAUAUCAGGAGCAGGAUCCCUGGAUGCCCAGGUACUUUAUUUAGGCGGUCAGCCCCAGCAAAGGUCCGUCCGUCAAGCAAUGGACAACAACAUGGUGACCACGAAGGUUGACUUGACCGCCCCCACUGGCCCCGCUGCAGUGACAGCAUCAUUGAAUAGCGUCAAUUUCAAAGGAAUCAUUCAAGACGUACAGAUUAGUAACGGUUCGACUGUGAUGGUGGUGGAGUUUUAUCCUUUGAAACCGGACGACCUCCGGAUACCCGCCUCCUUUGGAGACGUGUCGUUCGAUAAAAUGACCGUUCUGGAGGGCAUACAUUCCGACAAUUUGUGCAAGGUGAACCCAUGCGAACACGCGGGCCAAUGCGAGGUCACCUGGAACGACUACAGGUGUCAGUGCGUCGUUGGUUUCAAGGGCAAAAACUGCAAGGAGUUGGAGUUUUGCGAGUUGGAAGGGUGUCCAGAUGGCGCUGUGUGCAACAAUCUCGAAGACGGUUACGAGUGCAUAUCGAACGCGACGUUUAAUGGAAAAUCCGAUCCUCUACAAUAUGGGUUUACGAUAUUGCCGAAUUCCAGCAAGGCGGUCACUUUCGAUAGACUGGAGCUCACUUACAGAACACGAUCAUGGGGCACUGUGCUAUUUGCAAAGUUUAAGGAUAAUUACUUUGUAAUAUUUAUUUACCACAACGAAGUCAUUGUUGAAUGGAGUUUUAAUGGAGUGGUGGAUACUAGAAGAUUUAGAAAAGACCGAUUUGUGGGCCAAUGGUUAACUCUAUACUUCACUUACAAAGAUUCCGUAUUUCGGGGUGGUUUCAAAGAAAAUGUUAUGGAUGAGUCGCCAAACUUUGAAGCGAGCAAUUUCGAUUUUAAUUCCUUCACCGAAAUAUUCAUGAACGGUUCCAUAUACAUCGCAGGAAGCGACAACAAGAAAUUCGAUUAUGAAAACGCGAUAAAAAACACGGACUUUAACAUGACCGGGUAUAUUCCUGAGGUUGACACUACAACUUCCGUUUCAUUGACGAGUAACUCGUUGGAAGUGGGAGAAUCGCAAAUCGAGGACGUCGCGUUACACAAAGUCGACCAAAACAAGCAAACCGACAGGUUUAAGGGUUGUCUCACUGAAAUCAGAAUAGGCGGCCUAUUAUUGCCGUUUUUCACCACCAAAGAGCUCUACAAAAAACACCACUAUUCGAAGGAGUUCUUCGAAUUGUUGCCCGACACGCAUGCUGAUAUCGGAUGCAUUCUUUGCUACGACGGCGAUUGCUUCAAUCAGGGUUACUGCAUAAACCCGAUGGAAACAUACAAGUGCAACUGUACGGAAGGGUACACUGCCGACGAUUGCUCGUUAGACAUUAACGAAUGCGAGAACAACAAGUGCCAAAAUAACGCUACAUGCGUGGAUUUGAUCGCAAAAUACCAAUGUAAUUGUCCAGAUGGAUAUGAAGGAGAACAUUGUGAACUUGAUAUUGACGAAUGUGCAAGCAAUCCCUGCCGACACGGUGGACAAUGCAUUGAUCUGAUUGGUAACUUUAAAUGCAAUUGUCCGGAAGAUUUUAUCGGCAAACAGUGCGAAGCCCCUUUGUUGGUCACUUGCGACAACAAACCCUGUUUUGAAGGAGCAACCUGCGAAACAGGACCAAAUGAGAAGACCGGAAACAAUUUUACAUGUUUCUGUACAGAAGGCAUGGAGGGUUCACUUUGCGACACGCCUUUCUGUUUGAGAAAGCCUUGUGAUAAUGGGCAAUGCAUUAACAAUACUGGAGAGGUUCCUUACUGUCAAUGUCCAACGGGUUUCGAAGGGAAGUUUUGCGAAAUAGAUAUCGAUGAAUGUGCCCUUUCCAUUGGAGGAAAUCCUUGUCAGCAUGAUGGAACAUGCAUAGAUAAAAUUGCUGGUUAUGUUUGCGAUUGCAACAAUACUGGUUACACUGGUCUUCUGUGCGAAAUCGACAUCGACGAGUGCCAGACGUACCGAGAGGCGUGCGGUCGGGCCGGUAAGUGCGAAAACUUGCCCGGCUCGUACCGCUGCACGUGCGAUAUUAACGGCAAGUGCGGUCACCACUGCGACCUGGACGAUCCCUGCGAGGCGGACCAUCCUUGCACACACGGCGACUGUCACUCGCAGUGCGUCGACAAAUCUGACUACUUUUGCCAGUGUCAUGAAAACUAUACCGGCAAAAAUUGUACCGAACCCAAGAUUUUGGCUAGUAAAUCCGACGACGGCUUCAACAUUCUUUACAUAGUAAUUCCAAUCGUCCUAAUAAUUCUAAUAGGCAUGGCCGUCGUAAUGAUCGUGCUGGUAAACGUUGCUCGAAGUAAGAGAGCAACGAGGGGAACUUACAGUCCCAGUGCUCAGGAAUUUUGUAACCCAAGAGUUGAAUUGGACCACGUUCUCAAACCUCCGCCAGAGGAGAGACUUAUUUAG